CAUCUUCUACAAAAUUUCCAUGCGCUUUCGAUAUUCCACGCGUCAAGGCAUCGGAUCCCCAAACACACCCGCAUACAAUUAGACUUGUCAUUUGCUAGUAAUUUGGUGAAGAAUCACGUUCGUAUAAGCUGGUCUCUACCUGUAGGAGUAAAUUUCCUUAUCUAACAGCUUGUAGUAGCUAUCCUGACCAUGGCGCUUCAACUUGCAGCACCAUCUUCUGGCCUUACCAGCGAAACAAAGUAUCGAUAUGAUGUGUUCCUGAGUUUCAGAGGCGAAGAUACUCGCCACUCCUUCACUGUGAUUCUCUACAAUGCCUUGCGCCGGAAGGGAGUCAAUGCCUUCAUUGAUGACAAGAAGCUUGGGAAAGGGAAACGAAUAUCACCUGCGCUUCUCAAGGCCAUCGAAAAAUCCAGGAUUUCGAUCAUUGUCUUCUCUAGGAACUACGCUACUUCCUCAUGGUGCCUGGAUGAACUUGACCACAUCAUUCAGUGUAAGAAGAAGAAGAACCAGCUGGUUAUGCCGAUUUUUUAUAAGGUGAAUCCGAUGGAUGUACAAUAUCAGACAAAUAGCUUUGGGGAAGCCAUGGCUGCCCAUGAAAAUAGGUUCAGAAAUGAUCUGGAGAAAGUGCGCAAAUGGAGGUCUGCUUUGUCUGAAGCUGCUAGUUUGUCAUCGGCAUGGCUUUUUGAAGAUGGAAAUGAAUCUGGAUUUAUUGAAAGGAUUGUUGAAGAUGCAUAUACUGUGCUACCUCCAAAACGCCUACAUAGCACUGGUCACAUUGUUGGACUUGAGUCCUGCAUAGAAGAAGUGAUAUCACUUCUGGAUCAAUCUGAUGAUGGAGUUUGUAUGCUGGGGAUUUAUGGAACUGGUGGUGUUGGCAAAACAACUCUUGCCAAGGCUUUGUAUAAUUUAAUCUUCCACCAAUAUGAAGGUGCCUGUUUUCUAUUUGAUGUAACAGACGCUUCAAAGCAGUACCGAGGCAUGGUUCAUCUCCAACAGACACUUCUAUCAGAGAUUCUUGAGGAAAGGAUCAAGUUGGGCAGUGUUGAUGAAGGAAUAUCUAAAAUGAAACACAGGCUCUCUCACAAAAGAGUUCUUUUGGUUCUUGAUGAUGUUGAUGAGCUAGAACACCUAGAAAAACUCGCAGGAAGCUCUGAUUGGUUUGGUUCUGGAAGCAAGGUCAUCAUAACCACAAGAAAUAAGCAAUUACUAAUUGCACAUCGUGUUGAAACAGCUUAUGAAAUGAAGAAGCUAAAUGAUCAUGAUGCUUUGGAACUCUUUUGUUGGCAUGCCUUCCAUACGAGCAAACCUCCAAAAUGUUAUCAAGAUAUGUCUAGUCGUUUAAUAGGUUACGCACAGGGUCUUCCUUUGGCUUUAAGGGUAAUAGGUUCCAAUUUGGCUCAAAAGAACUUAGAAGAAUGGAGAAUUACACUUGAACAGUAUGAAAGAAUUCCAGAAAAAACAGUUCAUGAGGUGCUAAAGAUAAGCUAUGAUUGCUUACAGGAUACUGCUAAGAGUAUUUUCUUAGAUAUUGCUUGUUUCUUCAAGAAUAGUAUGGAAUAUAUUGAAGAAAUACAAGAAGCUUAUAAUUAUGGGGCAAGGUUUUUUAUUGAAGUGCUUGUUGAUAAAUCUCUUAUAACUGUCAGUAAUAAUGGCCGGUUUUGGAUGCAUGAUCUGAUACAAAAAAUGGGUAGAGAGAUUGUUAGGCAAGAGGCACCAUCAAAUCUAGGUAAGCGCAGUAGACUAUGGUAUUACGGGGAUGUUCUGAGAGUAUUGCAUGAAAAUUUGGGAAGUGGUAAUAUUGAAGGAAUAAUGCUCGAUCCACCUCAACAAGAAGAAGUGGAGUGGAAUGGUACUGCCUUUAAGAAUAUGAGUAAUCUUAGAAUUCUUAUUGUUCGAAAUGCCAAGUUUUCUAUGGGUGCUAAAUAUUUUCCAAGUAGUUUAAGAUUGCUUGACUGGGAUGGUUACCCUUCUAUGACUCUACCACCAGAUUUUUACCCUAAAAAUCUAGUUUGCUUCAAGUUAUGUGGUAGUCAUUUCAGACUGGGAGAGACAUUCAAGAGAUUUGAGCAUGUAACAUAUAUGGAUUUCUCUCGUUGUGAAUCCAUAAUUGAAAUACCUGACAUGUCUCAAUUUCAGAAUUUAAAAAAAUUAAUGUUUAAUGAGUGUAAGAAUUUGAUCAAGGUUCAUGAUUCUGUGGGAUCUCUCUCUAAGCUGGUUGAAUUAGACGUUAGUGGUUGUCCCAAACUUAGAAGCUUUCCACGUGAAAUCAAUAUGGCAUCGCUU